AUGGGCUCCCGCGCCAGCUUCGAACAGCCCCCCGUGGCCGACAAGCGCUCCUGGCUCCGUGACGGCUUCCUCCUCACCACCGACAAGUCCUUCCUCGACUCGGCCGUCGUCAACGAUGCCUUUGACUCGGACCUCAUGUGGUGGAACGACCCGCUCGAGCCAAAGCAGAUGCAAAAGAUGCUCGACAACUGCCUCACCCUGAGCAUCUACGCCGUCCCCGACUCGGCAGACGAGAUGAAGAGAAACGGGGGCCUCCCCCGCAACACAAAGGGUCCAAACUUCCGAAUGGUCGGCUUCGCCCGCAUCGUCACCGACUACGUCACCUUUGCCUACCUCACCGACGUCUUCGUUCUCGAAGAGUUUCAGCGCAAGGGCCUCGCCUCGUGGAUGAUGCGCGCCCUCAAGGAGCUCGUCGGCGAGUGGCCCAACCUGCGCGGCCUCAUCCUCAUGACCCACGACAAGGCCGCCGCCCGCAUGUACCAGCGCGAGCUCGGCGCCGUCGACUUUGACCAGGGGCCCUCGGCUGGGCUCGUCCUGCUCGAAAUGGGCGGUCGCGGCAAGAAGGACGUGCCGGCGGACCACUGA